GAAAGCGGGGGUGCGCGCCGGCUAAGCAUAUGAUCUGCGAGAUCGUGCGGGGUUUCAUCUGGUCUUUUCAAAAAAGAGAUCUUAUCUGAUGUUCCAUGAUCUUGGCAUGCGAAGCUGGAACUGGAAAACGGGCGCAGGCGAAUGCGGGGGAGGCGAGAGUCGCUAUAAGAACUACCUGUCGACGUCGAGUGGCUUACUUCUUUCGGGGUUCUGAAUUAGGUGGAGGGAGGGGUGGGUGGGUGUGUUGGUUGAUUGCUUGCUUGGUGUCAGCUGGGUAUGAAUUCAGGAAAAGCUGCGUAACUAGAUUUCCCAUCAACCGAACCGAUUCAACUCUCCUGAAGAAUCAUGAAUCUUGGAAGAUCAAGGUAUCCAGUAGCCCUCAAUAGAUAUGCGCAGUAUAACUGCGUCCGACCAAAAACGAGCUUUUCCUCUCCAUGGCUGCACUGAAAGCG